UUGAACUCCUUAAAUAUAAUCCCAACUAGCCUAGUUCAUAUUAUCGAGAUUAAAGGGAUUACUUUCAGGCAAAAUCAAUUUUAACUGCACCUGCUUUCAGAAUACAACAACACAUUGCAUUAGUUUGAUCUGAUUGUUGAUUGAGGGACAUAUUUUACUCUGGAAUGGUAGAAGAAGAUGGUAUGGACUUGGAGGAGGAAGAAGAGGAAGAUUAUAGAUCAGAAAGCAGAAGGAAAGCUUCAACAGUCUUUUCUGUCAUCGCCAGUGUUUUGUCUGGAUUUUUAGGGAACUGGGCUUGUUUUAAAGUAUCAGAGAUGCUGAAUGUCCCAUCUCAGGCUUUCCCUGCUGCUGGAUCCCAGCAGAGAGUCGCGCCAGCCGGACAGUCCAGAAACAAGGUGGUGCUGAAGCCUGGUCACAGUUUGCUGGACUGGAUCCGACUGACCAAAAGUGGACAGGAUUUAACAGGACUGAGAGGUCGACUGAUCGAGGUCACAGAAGACGAGCUGAAGAAACACAACACCAAAAAAGACUGCUGGACGUGCAUUAGAGGUAUGGUCUAUAACUUGAGUGCCUACAUGGAUUUCCACCCUGGUGGGGAAGAGGAGUUAAUGCGGGCUGCUGGGAUUGAUAGCACUGACCUGUUUGACGAGGUCCACCGAUGGGUGAAUUAUGAGUCCAUGCUGAAGGAGUGUUUGGUGGGGAGGAUGGCAGUAAAGCCCAGCCCUGCUCUACAAGCUCACACAGAGAAGACUGAGAGCACUCAUUUAAACGGUUUAUCUGCGCCUCCAUCUUUAAGACCAGAGCCUUUAUCUGCUCCUCUUCCUGCCAAAGACCAUCGUCCUCGGUAUGAUUGGUUCCAGACAGAUGGCACUGUUAAUAUUGUUGUUUACACCAAGCGAAAGAUUCCCAGCGCCGGCUGUGCAGUGGUGGAUCUACAGGAUGAUAAUCUCAGAGUAGAGAUGCUGUUGGGCAGGAUGUCGUACCUUCUCUACUGGCGCCUGUCCAGUAGAGUUCAAGAUCAUGUUGAUGUGCAGACAGCCCACUCUGUUGGAAAGGUUCAGUUGUGCCUGCGCAAAUCCGUCAAAGAAAAGUGGACGCAGUUGGGGCAAUCGCUUGAACACCAUGACACAUUCAUUCAAUGUAAAGAUCGAGGGCUCUUCUACAGGGAGUGUGUGCUGCUUUCGAAAACAGACGUCACACACAACACGCAGCUCUUGCGUUUGCAGCUUCCUCCAGGGUCACGUAUGCAAGUUCCUGUGGGAAGACACGUCUACCUCAAAACGUCUGUCCAGGGUACGGAUGUUGUGAAACCCUACACAGCAGUGGAUCAGAUGCUAAUACCUCCCUCACAGUCCAGUGCUGAAGUGGGCUCAGACAUACAUCUCAUGAUAAAGGUCUAUCCGGAUGGAGUGUUGACCCCGCACAUCGCCAACCUUCCUAUUGGAGCGUCCCUGUCUGUAGGAGGCCCUGAAGGCUCCCUUACUCUGCGAGUCCUACGGGAUGUCACUCAUCUCUACAUGUUAGCAGCGGGCACAGGAUUCACACCCAUGGCUCGUCUCAUCCGGCUGGCCCUGCAGGAAUUCACAGUGAUCAGAAAAAUGAAGCUGAUGUUCUUCAACCGGCAGGAGAGAGACAUACUUUGGCAGUCACAACUGGAUGAAUUAUGUACAAAAGAGGAAAGAUUUGAGGUGCAGCAUGUUCUCUCAGAGCCUGCAGACUCGUGGACGGGCAGAAGAGGACGGAUAGAUGCUUGUAUGCUGCAGAACUUCCUGGAGAGGCCAGAAAACUCCAAGUGUUUAGUGUGCGUGUGCGGCCCUGCUGGAUUUACAGAGUCAGCAGUGCAAUUGGUCAGACAGCUGGACUUCAGUGAAGAGGAACUCCAUGUUUUUCAGGCUUGAUUGCGAUGUUACAGAUUUCUCACACACACACUCGCAGAUUUUUUCUAUGCAUAUAUAAAAAGCACUUUCCAAUGAAAAGAAAACCUCUCAUGAAGCUGCAACACUUGUCGUCUUUGUUUGUGGGAAUCCAAUGCAUAUAGACUCAAAACUAAUGCACUUACAGAUUGUCUUGAAGCACUAUAAGACAACCAGUCCAUCAAUCAGAGUUCAAUCAAACGCAUCCUAACAUUUCAUUCCAGAAGCGGCUCAAAUAUUAGGACGUUUAAGACAGACGCCUUAAGCAGGACAACUCUGCAACAUUAAAACAGAUGAUCUAUUAUGCUGUCCACAUGUUUACCGACAUCCUGCAAGGACUUGAGAGGUUUGGAGCAAUAUCGUUCUGUAAAUCAAUGCGACUAAAACAUGAUGUACUGUUGGAAGCAAAUGAUUUAUAACAUAGCAGUAAACCUGAAUGCAGGACAAGUGCAGUCUCCACUGUUUGUAAAUGCUAAUUCGACUGCCACAUGCUGUUUUCUUAACAGUGUAGAUGAUGUACUGUAAUAUGGUUUGUACCUCUAGUGCUGUUGAAUCUCGUGGAAUGCUGUAUUUCUGAGGUCUAUCACGGGUCUGAUGACGGUUUUGGGAGGGGAUGAAAACUGUUCUAGCACAGCACUCUGUGUUAAACCAGCAGACCAGGCUGUUUGUUGUACGCUACUUUAGAUAAAAUGCGAAGCUGAGAUCUAAAUAUUUAUUUAUUGAUGUAAACUCUUGACUGUAAAACCCAGUGAUAUUGAUUUGACAAUUAAUGGCUUCCAACAGAGGUGAUUGGUCGUUUCAUAAUUAAAUGUUUCACUGAAGAACAUC